UCGGUGUUGGUUGGUUGUUUUAGUAACCGAACAGUUACAUGCUAAAUCAUACACAAUGCAAAUCAGUGCUACCGUGUUCAUAUUGGUUCUAGUACUACGGCAUAGGGAAGAAGUAAGCGGUGCCGCUAUUGCUGAUCGUUUAUCUCCAAUGGCACUCAUUAUCGGUGGCACUGAUGUUGAGGAUGGGAAGGCACCAUAUCUAGCUGGUUUGGUGUAUAACAACUCUGAAACAUAUUGUGGUGGCUCGAUUAUAGCCGCUCGAUGGAUCUUGACAGCAGCUCACUGUGUAACAAACGUUACUGUCACAAAUUUAACUGAAGUACGGGUGGGAACAAAUGAUAACUAUAAAGGUGGAUCGAUGUACCAAAUAAAUCGUGUUAUACCACAUGAGCGGUACAGUGCUAUAACAAUCCGCAAUGACGUUGCGCUGCUUCGUCUGAAGACCCCAAUAAAAUUUGAAGAACACGUUGAGAAGAUUGAACUUAACGAGGAGAUCGUUCCGAUUAAUGCUACACUAACAAUUGUUGGAUGGGGAUUCGUUGGAUGGAACAAAGAAACCCCAAAACGAACUCAAGUGAUUAAAGUUCAACAUAUUGGUCUAAACCGUUGUCGAAAGAUGCCAAAGGGUAGUACUAUUUACCCUGAACAUCUGUGUACUUUUUCUAGAGCAGGGCAUGGUCUGUGCAAGGGAGAUUCUGGUAGUCCUGUGGUAUGGAAAGGGAAACAGGUUGGCGUAGUCAGUUGGGCAAUGACGGACAUGUGUGCAAUUGGAUUACCCGAUGUACAAGCCAGCAUUAGCUACUUCUAUGGUUGGAUUAAGAAAACAAUGGCAGCUAAUACAUUACGCAAACGAGGAAAAAUGGUAGUCCAUAUCAUUUUCGCAAUUCUACUAGCAUGCGUUAGCAGAGGUAGCGCAAGUCCAGUAGAUCAUCCGAUAUCUCCCUUCGCUGCUAACUACAUUGUCGAUGGAUCGGAUGCAGAGGAGAAUGCGGCACCGCAUCAGGUUUCACUGCAGAUUGAUAGUAACAGCAUAUGCAGUGGAUCGAUAGUCGGUGAUAGAUGGAUAUUGACAGCAGAGCACUGUGUGCCUUUGUUACAAUUUUACACCGAACAAACUAACGACACUCGUGUUGUGGCAGGCACAAAUGAUUUGAAAAAGGGCGGCACACCGUAUUUUAUAGAUCGCUUUUUUAACUAUGACAAUUGCUCAACGAUGCUAGUGCAUGAAAAUAUGUUCAAUUCACCGCCUAAUGAUAUCGCGUUAAUACGUUUAACAACGCCGUUGAAAUUCAACGAGCGCGUACAAAAGAUUGAGUUCGCGGCAGAAACUGUGCCGGAAAAUUCUACACUUACACUGACAGGAUGGGGAGAGAUGAGAAAUGGGACGAGACCUACUAAGCUGCAAACCAUCAAUGCGCCCUCCAUAGGGAUUGAUCAUUGUCGGGCUAUUUAUAAUGAAACGUUGCUUAAUGACGGCACAAUUUGUAGUCUAUCAAAACGGGGCGAAGGAUCAUGUAGGGGAGAUUCUGGUGGCCCCGUGACAUGGAAAGGAAAACUGGUCGGUAUAUUCAAAGCAGUACACAACAAAGGGUGCGGUGAGGGAUUUCCAGAUAUUCACACAAGUGUCGCCUACUACUACGAAUGGAUAAAGAAUACUAUUGCCAACAAUAGCGUUUAAAAUUAUGAAUUGAACCGAUUAGAAAAGGCUUUAAAUAUAUUUUAAAAU